AAUGAUGGUCCAGUCGCGGUUCCAUCCAUGUCUCAUUUUCUUACUGUUUUUCUCCCCUCCCCUUUCUCAUUCUUAUUGUAAACAAAACUCCUCACAGAAGACAGAAAUUUCUCCUGCAUUUGAUUCUUCACCUGCAAGUUCAAUGAUAAGAUCUGCAAGUUAUGAAGCAGUCUCUCCCGAUCAUGAUAGGGAAAUGCUGAUGCCUCAACUCUUGGGACCUCCUGCCCGGAAACAGGCAAUGGAGGAGUCCUCAUCGUCAAAUGGAAAAGUUGUGGCAGCCAUUGUUGUCACAGCUGCAAUCACUCUGGCCAUUGCUGUGAUCUUCUUCUUUAUCUACUUGAAAUUUACCAAAAAGAGGGAAAAAGUUAUGGCAACUAGUGACGAGCUCAAAAAAGUUAGCAGAAAAGUGAAAAAGUUUGCCUUCGAUGAAAAUGGGCAGGAUUUGCUUUAUGUAAAAAGUUUUGACAGGAAACCCAAAAACACUUUCUCAAAGGUUACGCUGAACCCUAGCUAUGAAGAAGAAGGGGAGGAAAAGAGGGUGGAUGUGAUAGUAGAGCAAUUAAAAAAGUAUGAGCCACAGGAAGUUUUGCUUUCAUCUUAUGGAAUUGGUCAUGGGAAAGUAACAGAACCAGUUUUGCGAAAUGGAGAACCUACAGCAUUAGUUUCAGAAAUGGAAAGUCCAAAACUACCUCCUCUACCAUCCCCUCCAAGAAAGAAAAUCCCACCACCACCGCCGCCGCCGCCACCACCUCCUCCUCCAGCUCCGCCUACAUCAACAAAACCACCACUUAAAACAAAGAAAAAUCCUGCAUCACCACCCCCACCAACUAAAAUAGGCGGUUUAAUCUCAUUACAGAAACCUCCACCAGUUCCAAGAGGGAAAUUAAAUAGCAAGAGCAGGGAAUGGGCUCCAACAGAGGGAAGCUUGAGAGGGACUAGCAGUGGGCAUACAAAACUAAAGCCACUGCACUGGGAUAAAGUAACAGCCGAUGUUGAUCAUUCAGUGGUUUGGGAUGAGAUUAAUAAUGGCUCUCUCAGAUUUGAUGACGACCUAAUAGAAACAUUGUUUGGAUAUACAACUGCCAAUAACAAAAUCCUUCUCAGAAAUGAAGUUCCAUCAAGUAGAAGCAGCUCCAACCCUACCCCAGCUACUCAAGUUUUCAUCCUUGAACCAAGGAAGUCUCAAAACACGGCAAUUGUACUAAAAUCUUUAGCAAUUUCUCGCAAAGAAAUUCUUGAUGCUCUUCUCGAGGGUCAUGGACUUAAUACAGAUGUCCUCGAAAAGCUUACCAGAAUUUCCCCGACUCAAGAAGAAGCAGUCAAAAUCACCCAAUACAGGGGCAACCCAUCUAAACUUGCAGAUGCUGAAUCUUUCCUUCACCAUAUCCUGAAGGCUCUUCCUUCGGCAUUCAUCCGUAUCAAUGCAAUGCUUUUCAGAUCAAAUUAUGAUUCAGAAAUUCUUCAUCUAAAGGAGUCCUUACAAACACUUGAAUCGGGGUGCAAAGAGCUACGAACCCGUGGCCUCUUCUUAAAACUUCUUGAAGCCAUUCUCAAGGCUGGCAACAGGAUGAAUGCUGGAACAUCCAGAGGCAACGCACAAGGUUUCAACCUUACUGCUCUUAGAAAGCUUUCCGAUGUUACAAGCACAGAUGGGAAGACUACUCUACUUCACUUUGUUGUAGAACAAGUAGUUCGAUCAGAAGGUAGACGUCGUGUACUUAAUCGGAACCAUAGUAUGGAAAGAAGUGACAGUCAAAGAAGGAUAAACAGUGAUUUGAAUUCAGACACAUUGACAGAAGAGAGAAACAAAGAGUACCUGUUGUUGGGACUACCAGCAUUGAGGGACAUGAUUGCUGAAUUCUCCAACGUUAAAAGAGCAGCCGCAAUAGAAUUUGACAGUUUCGUCAACACAUGCUCCUCUCUCACAGCUCGUGUCACAGAAACUCAGCAACUCGUGGUAAACUUUGGCAAUAGUGAGGCUGGUGGGUUUUUGAUGCAAAUGAAAGGAUUCUUGGAGGAUUGCGAAGAGGAGCUUAAGGUGGUCAGAGAUGAGCAAAAAAGGAUUAUGGAGGUUGUUAAGAGAACAACAGAGUAUUACCAAGCAGGAGCAUCAAAACAGAAAGAAGCAAAUCUGCUUCAACUGUUUGUUAUAGUGAAAGAUUUUCUUGACAUGGUUGAUCGAGUCAGGGUAGACAUGUCCCAGAAGGUGCAGAAGAAAAAUGUGGCAGCAAGAGCAGGAUCAUCAUCACCACCUUCACCUCCAUCAAGUAAUCCAGUGAGAUUUCCAGACUUCCGUUUACAUCCUAUGUCAGAUAUGUCAAGGGCAACAUCUUGGAGUGAAUCAGAUGAUGGUUUCUGAACAACAGGAUUUGUUCACAUCUGAACAUUACAUUCAGUUAAAUCAAGGAGUUGGCUCCCACGGAAACAGAAGUACAAAAACAUGAUAUUCACCAAGCUUUUACUGCAUAGGUACAUCUGUCUGAGACUGAAAGGGUUACUCUGCCGGGGAGAGAAAGAAAAAGAAGAAAAACGAUCAACACAACGCGAAAAUCUUAGCCCCGUGAGACAAGAAACCGAGAGAAAAGGCCAGAUGGACAGGAGAGCAAACAAUAAAAACCUCCGAACGUGGCAUUUGCUGACCUAUAAACGCAAAUAGGCACAAAAAUAUAUUUCUUAGUAAUUGUUCUUCAAAUUUCCAGCUCAACUACGUUCUUCUAAACUUUGUGUGCUCUGUGUUGAUUAUGAGCAUAUAAAUGGUCGUGUUACCUAAAGCAAUUUUCUUGCAAA